CGCGGGGCUGUUAAAGAGCUCUGCUCACAAAGCGACCCAGCAAUGCGCGAUUCUCGUCUUCCGUUCCGCAAUGAGUCAACUGUUAGUUUUCCGUUCGGGCCUGGACGUGCAGAGCCUACUCUCAUUCACUGGACAUUCGUCGAUUACCUAGCAUCAUUCAAUUGCAUCAAUUCUCUCUGAACCUUACGUUAGCAAAAGCGAUCUGAUUGCCCCGCCGACAACAUGUCGACAGAAUCACCUCCCGAGCUCCCGCAGGUCGACCUCAAGCCAUUGCUUGCCCGUCUCUGGCCUGUUGGGCACCCAGAUACCGUAACCCCGACCGAGAUUGCCGAAGCUUUAUCCUACUUUUUCACAGACCAGGUGUCGCCUGUCCAGGCGGGCGCCUUGUUGAUGUGCCUGCACUUCACAGGCCUAGACCGUGAAGCAGAAGUGCUGGCAAAGACGGCCGAGUGCAUGCUCAAAGCAGCUGCAAAGAUUGACACCUCAAAGCUUCGAUCGGUCAUUAAGGGACGGGCCCGGAAAGAGGGCGGUUACAACGGCGGAUUGGUCGACAUAGUCGGCACGGGCGGCGACUCGCACAACACCUUCAACAUCAGCACGACCUCGUCAAUCCUCGCAUCGAGCCUCCUGCUAGUCGCCAAGCAUGGCAACAAGGCCUCCACCUCCAAGUCCGGGUCCGCGGACCUGCUCAACUGCAUGCAACCGCGCGCACCGCAAAUCUCGCGCGUCCGCCCCGACACCAUUGCCCAGCUAUACUCCCAAACAAAGUACGCAUUCCUCUUCGCCCCCGUCUUCCACCCCGGCAUGCGCUACGUAGCGCCCACCCGCCGCCAGCUGCCCUGGCGCACAAUCUUCAACCUGGUCGGCCCCCUCGCGAACCCGGUCGAGGUACCCGACACCAGCAACAACCCCCCGCUCCUAGAAGCCCGCAUGAUCGGCGUAGCGAGAAAGGACAUUGGCCCCGUCUUCGCGCAAGCACUUCAGCUCGUAGGCGCGCGCAAGGCGCUGGUGGUGUGCGGCGACGAAGAGCUGGACGAGAUCAGCUGCGCGGGGCCGACGCUGUGCUGGCGGCUGGGGCCCAAAGACCCGAGCAACCCCUCGUCCGAGACAGUGACGGAGCAUUUCUUGCUUCACCCAACCGACUUUGGUUUGCCAGCGCACCCGCUGUCCGAAGUGUCGCCGGGUAAGGAACCGGCCGAGAACGCGGCCAUCCUGGCGCGCAUCCUCAACGGCGAGAUGCCCGAUGACGACCCCAUCCUGCACUUUGUGCUGAUCAACACUGCCGCUCUCUUUGUGGUUUCGGGGAUAUGCGACGCUGAUACCAGCGAUAUGGGGCCCGGCGACGACGGGGUUGUUAUCAAGGAGCGCGGUCCGGGAGGAGGGCGCUGGAAGGAGGGCGUGAGGAGAGCGCGGUGGGCUAUCAAGAGCGGUGAGGCGGCGAGGCAGUGGGCUAAGUUUGUGGAGGUUACGAACAGCUUCAGCGAGUAGCUGGGGCAGAGGCUUGCAUGCAGUAGUCGGCUAGGGAGCAGUUGUAGGUAAUUAGGAUGGAUGGUUCGAUAUUUGCUCGAUUUGCAAAAGGACGACGCGCACCAUCCAACAGCAAGAGUUAACUCACGGCCGGGAAAUACCUUUACACUAGCUAAUCCCUCACAAGUAAGCCGAGUUCGGUC